AUGAUAUCCGCAUGUGGCUCCUCAGUUGCCGCCCUUGUUACUGCCGACAACACAAGUCAUGUCGAAGGAAUGCCGGAAACAGCGGCGGCAAUUCCAAAUUUCAACAGCACGGCCUGCAAUGUUUUCAUGUGCAAAGGCCUGCAGUUUGCUGACAACACCGCGAAUGUCCAAACUUUCCAGCCUGGACAGGUUGUCAACAUGCUUGCGAGCAUUCCAAUCCCUCACGAGGGGCCGAUGAACGUCAGUGUCGUCGAUACAAAAACGAAUACUGCCAUUGGAAAUCCGUUGAUCAGCUUCGUCAGCUACGCCGAUGAGUCUUUGCCAGCCCUGCCUGCGAAUAACACUAAUUUCAAUGUUACUAUUCCCACGACUUUGGGAAGCACCUGUUCGGUUGCUGGAACUUGUGUAUUGCAAUGGUUUUGGUUCGGGACAGCGGCUGACCAGACUUAUGAGAGUUGUGUUGAUAUGGUUAUUCCGGGGUCCCCAAGUGCUGUCGUGAGUGCUGCAGCUGUAAAUUCUGCAUUAGUAGCAAAAUCGAGAAUUUGA